UAUUAUUUGAUUAUUAUUAUUAUUUCAAAUUAUCGUGGAUUAAGUUAGUUAUUAUUAUUAUUUCAUUGUUCUAUUAUUAUUCUUAUUCAUCAUCUCGAUUUAAGUUGCCCUAUUUAUUAUUAACUUAAAUAUUUAUCCUUUUACUUUUUUUCUGCUGCGGCUGACAGGUUGACCCUCUCUCUCUUCUUAUACUUCCACCGCACCGCCUAAAUAAAUAUUUAUCACCAACCAACCAACCAUCUAUCUUCUCUUCAACUUCAUCCUCUCAACUUCAAACCUCCUCUCGCCGUCGCCCCCCUCGCUCCCAUUGACCAACGUAUACACCUCCACCUCCAAUCGCCCGCCAUGUCUGACACCAAGGAAUUGACCUUCACCGAGCUCGCCGAGCACAACACCAAGAAGGACCUCUAUGUCACCAUCCAUGACAAAAUCUACAACGUCUCCAGUUUCGUCGAUGAGCAUCCAGGCGGCGAAGAAGUCCUCCUCGACGUCGGCGGCCAAGAUGCCACCGAAGCCUUCGAAGACGUUGGCCACAGCGACGAGGCCCGUGAAAUCCUCGAGGGCCUCCUCAUCGGGAAACUGAAGAGAAUACCCGGCGACCCAGCCCCAAAAGCCCAAUACCCCCCCGCCUCCUCCUCCACCAGCGGCACCCAAGCCAGCAGCGGCCUCGGUGUCGGUCUGUACGCCAUCCUGAUCCUCCUGGGCGCCAUUGGAUACGGCACCUAUCAAUACCUGCUAGAGAACGGGACUAUUAAGGCAUAGAUUUUCAUAUUGAUAUAAUUUAAUUUGAUUUGAGUUUGUUGAGUUGGUUUUCGGGUUUCUUCUUUUUUUUUUUUUUUUUCUUUGUAUGAGUGUAUGUGUGUGUGUUGAGUGUGUGAGUGUGUGUGUUGAUUUAUUGAUUCACUGUUUUUUGCUGGGGGUUUUUACUUCUCAACAUAUAUUUUGCGUGCGCGCGAUCGUUUUUAUUUAGUGUUUUGUUUUCAGAUAUUAUUUUUUUUUUUUUGAUUUUUAUCAUAUCUUUUUUUUUUCUUUUUUCCUAAGAGGGGGAGAAAAUUAUAAAUGAGUGCAUGUACUUUUCCUUUUAGAGAGCUUCUUUCUUUUGUUCCGCUUUUCUCUUUCUGAAGUGCAUUGGCAUGUAGGGAGGAGGGAGACGGGGUUGAGUUGAAGAAGGAAGAAUAAAUGACAUACAGACAAGAAAGAAGGAAAGAAACGAAGGCGAAAAGAAGAAGAAGAAAGAAAACAAAAGAAAGAAUUCAAACCAUGAAAGCCAUCCUCAUCUACAGUUUCGUUCCUAUCGAAUGUUCUUCUGAUACAUAGUUAGUUAGCUAUAUCUUUUGCCUUCUCUCCUCUCCUCUCUUUUUCUAGUCUUUAUACUCCAUCCCCAAAUUUACCCCUACGCUCUUUUUCUCUUUUAUCCGAUCUGUUGGGGAGUCGGAGUCCUAUAGAACCGCAUACUAUCUAUCUAUCUACCCAGUCUUCUUUCUUGCUUUUAUAUUUAUUUCUCUUGCCUUUUCGCUGUGGUACGUGCAUAUAUAUAAUAUUAGAUAUUUAGAUACAUUCUCCGUUCAAGUCAUUGAACUAUUUAAGCUGAUGAGCAUUAUCCGAUUCAAUCAAUAAUCAAUAAUCAGUCAAUCAAUCAAUCA